UUCAGUAGACCACGAACCACCGCCGAAAUCCGAUAUCAAUCAGCUUAGCGCGACAACACGUGUAGAAUGAUACUGUUUGCUCUAUUCAUCCCUUUAAUGGCAUCGCCCAUUGUGCUAUCCCAGCAGGAUUCCCCACCAACAUGGUUCAACAAUAGCUCGAUGGUGACCCUGAUCAACGAAAUCUUCGCAGGGGUCAGCAAUGUAGAUAUCAUCUCUGAAGAUCAUGGGUUGGAGCAAACUGAGCGCGUGAUUCAUGUUUUGCACGAGAAGAGCUUCCGGAUUUUCGGCGGGGCCAGUCCUGGGGAGCACAUCCGGAUCAGCGGAUGUCCGCUUCCGGCGGUUAGAGGACCAUUCAACGAGUCGGUUAGCCAGCUGUACGAUAAAGAAGGUGACGAGGAGAAUCUGGAUGGUUUCAUACAGUGGGAUCAGUCGUACGAGACGUUUGGAAAGUUGCUGGACCAGAAUCAAAAUGGCGGCUACGUCGUGUUUGCUAAUUUGAGCGGAUUUCGGCAGUUGAUGAAAUGUUUGCUGGAUCCGGUUGGGACGUAUCUGGUCUUGUUAAAGCCGAGUGAUGAGUAUGACGUGGAUCGGUUGGGGAGGCUUUUGAGAUCAGUUUGGCGCCACCGAGGCGUUUAUCGGCUGUAUGUCCUUGCUGGUGAGCGGAUCUACACGUGGGAUCCCUUUGGGAGGAAUGGAACAUUGGAGUUUGGCGUACUAAAAGAACUUACGGUGGACGGAGAGCUUGUUAAAGUACCGGAGAUAGAUUUCCAGGGAUACCCGUUGAACAUUGAUAUGUUCUGGUCAACGUACAGCGAACCCGUUGAUCGUGACAACCUCUCCCGUAGCGAGUUUAUCGGGGUGGACGUUCUCGUUAGUGAGGUUCUCGCGGAUACUCUCAAUUUGACACUGAACCAUUCCUACCCGGACCUGCUGGACUUUGGAUCGCUGUUACCGAACGGGACCUUCAGCGGCUCGCUGGGAAGACUGUCUCGCCGUGAGAGUGACAUCGCCUUUGUCGGAUUCUUCAUCAAGGACUACUUCAGCCGAGCGGUAGAGUUUACUGCCGGGGUGUACAACGACGAGCUGUGUUGUCUGGUUAGAAAAGCGCGACGUAUUCCGGAAUACCUGUUACCUUUUACCAUCUUUCCGCCGGGUCUCUGGAUGUUGCUGCUCUGCAUGGGCCUGAUUUGUGCCGGUGUUUGGAUCUUUGUUCGUGCUGGUAUCCGAAGAACCUUAUCGUUUCAGCGAAAAGACCCGGAAUACCAGUUCAAUCUAUCCAAAAGGGUUCGCACUGCUUCGUCGCUUCGAAAGAUGCUUCAAAUCUGCAUCGACACCUACAUUCUUCUGAUGAGUGCUCCCUACCGGAGAUUUACCCGCUCCGGGACAGAAAGAAUCCUCCUAUUUGGCUUGAUGAUCGUCAGUUUGAUCUUCGUGUCGAUGUUCCAAUCCAGCCUAGCGUCCGUCUUCGUCAAUCCCCUCUACUACAAAGACAUCAACAGUCUCGCCCAGCUAGAUAAAGCCCAGUACAAGAUCCCGGUCAAGUACAAAGGCUUUCUGGACGAUGUAUUCCCCACCAACUACAGCACGCUGAUGGAGUCCCUGCGCAACAGGAUGAUCUACGAACCCAGCGACGAAGCCACGCUGGCGCGGGUCUCCCGACUGGGUAACAUAGCCACGGUGACCCGCAAGACCACCCUAACCCUAGACAACGCCAUCUACCUGAGCACCAACCAGCUGCACAUGAUCCCCGAGUGUCCUCGAACCUACAACCUGGCCUACGUCGUCCCGCGGCAUUCGGUGCUGCUCGAGCGAAUCAACGGCGUGCUGCUGCGGAUGCUCAACGGUGGACUCAUCAACCAUUGGGUUGCCGAGAUGAACUACAACGUUACGCUGCGGAACUGGGAGCAGGUCCGGAGGGUGCACAACGCAAACUACAAAGUGCUGACCGUUGUGGAUAUGGAGUUUUCGCUGUAUCUGCUGGCGAUUGGACUCGCGGUUAGUUGGGGGGUGUUUUUGGCUGAACACGUGCAUUACUGGCUUCUUAGUCUUAGGGUUAUUCGAGUUCUGCCGCAAUUUUAAACUCUGUUUUUAAUCAAAAACAAUUUUAAAACAUGAUAACGGGGCUUGACCAAUCUUAUGCACAAGGUUCCCGACGAACACGCACUGCCCUUACACCUACAUCUCACCCUUGCUCUGAGUCAGUACGAGCGACACGCUGGAACACGCUUUGAGUAUUCGUACCGGGCAUUCUGAUCUAAUCUAAUCGAACACAAGCGCAGCCAGUCCGAAGAAAGCAUCCUGGAAGAACUUGUGGUAAGAUUACGCCUCAAGUCCUUUCUUGUCAAUAUUAAUGAUUACAGUACAUCCGAGUUACCCCGAAAAUGUAUAGCAAAAUUAAUGCGGCCAGGCCUACUGCGUUGCAUUAACCGCAGAGACAGAUUCUGUGAACGGAUCACAUUUCACAGAAUCAUCAGGGGAGGAAGGAUGCGUGGACAUACCGUACCAAACGCUCCGAAUCAGUUGUGGUGUGGUGUGUAAGUGUAAA